AUGAUGUAAAUGAUAAUGAUCAUGUUGAUGAUGAAGUCGUUGUUGACCAAAAAAGCCAUUGAUGAUCAUGGUGUUGCUGCUAUGAUAAGUAUUGGUGAUACUGAUGAUAAGAUGGUGACAGCGAAGAUGCUUGAUACUAAUAUAAGCACAAUCAAUACCGCUGUGAUUAGAACCUCUCAUAGCCACGUCAUCUCUCAUUUUUCAGAGGGAUCCCUGAUCGAGGCAUUGUCCAACUUCGAAAUUCGCGUGGGAAUGUCGGCGGAGUUCAAGACCAACCCGAUGUGCGGAGCGCGCGUGAUUAGUACACACGUGGGGGAGCUGUGGACUUCCCAGUGCACCCCACCCCUCCCCGGACAGUACGUGUCGGUGCAGAUGUACGGCAAUGUCUAUCUUAGUCUGUGCGAGGUCGCGGUCUUCGCCAGGAAAGAUAACCACGGCAAGUGCUCGGACGAGCUUCGUAGAAAGCGGUCACUGAUUACGUCAUACAAAGAUCUGGUGCUAAAACGAGCCACCGUGACCUACGGGCGCUACGAGUGAGCUACAUGAGCUACGAAUGCCUACCGAGAUCUUUGAUAAUCUAUUAAUCUACUAAUCAUUCCCGAGAGAGCCCCGAUUGCCUUUCAGCUAACAUACCGAACAAUAUUUGGUUACGGCGAAUUUUGGAGCUACGACGAUCACGUGGCUUGCAUCAAGAGCUUGAGACUGGGGUAUCUGCAGUUAGAUAUAAAUAUCAAUGAUAUGUAAACUAUUAAAACUAAAAUAUUGCUGUUUUAAGCAUAUAUUAAAGAAAUGACUCAAAAA